CGGACACAGCUAGGGCUGUGUCCCUCCGCUGGUUCGGUCACCCAGGAGGCGCACCGACUACCCCGACACACCACGUCUCCACAGCACUCCCAGCAGCCUCUGGCCGACGCAGCAAACGGAAGCAUCAUGGGCAACGUGCAGCCCACCAUUGUCCCUUAUGAGGACUUUGAUGUUACAGCUGACAUCAAGGCCAUUAGAAAAGCCUGUAAAGGUUUAGGGACGGAUGAGGAGACCAUUAUUCAAAUCCUGGCCAAUCGCUCUUCUGCUCAACGCGUGGAAAUCAAAAAGGCCUACUUUGAGAAGUAUGAUGAUGAGUUGGAGGAGGUGUUGAGGAAGGAGCUGACGGGUAGUUUUGAGAACGCCAUUAUGGCCAUGUUGGACCCUCCUCACUUGUACUUCGCCAAGGAGCUGAGGAAAGCCAUGAAGGGGGCAGGCACAGAUGAAGCUGUACUAGUCGAGAUCUUAUGUACUGCCACCAGUGAGGACAUCGUGAGGUACAAGGACGCCUACGUCCAGGUAAAUGAGCGUGAUCUGGAGGUAGACAUUGAAGGUGACACCAGUGGAGAAGUGAGGAACCUGCUGAUCUCACUGAUGCAGGCAAGCAGGGAUGAAGGUUAUGAAGUGGAUGAGGCCCAGGCAGAACAAGAUGCCACUGCAUUGUUUGAGGCAGGAGAAGGCAGGUUCGGCACAGACGAGGCAACCUUCAGCUCCAUCCUUGCACACAAGAACUACAUGCAGCUUCAGGCCACCUUUAAGGUCUACGAGUCGCUUUCAGGAACAGACAUCCUAGAUGCCAUCGACAGUGAGGCCACUGGAACCCUAAAGGAGUGCUACAUUGCUCUUGUGAGGUGUGCAAAGAACCCACAGCUAUAUUUUGCCCGUCGCCUCAAUGCUGCCAUGAAGGGAGCGGGCACCGAUGAGGACACACUCAUUCGUAUCAUCGUUGGCCGUUCUGAGAUCGACCUGGACACUGUGAAAGACAUGUACCUGGAGAAAUACGACGUUACCCUGAAAGACGCCCUGGCCUCCGAGUGUGGAGGGGACUUCAAACGCCUUCUCCUGGAGAUCCUGCACUAAGGCUCCUACGUUGUCACCGCUCUCCCUCUCAGCCUCGUGUAACCAUAUGUCAAAGAGACCAGCAUACACAGGCCGGCCUCACUUCUCCUCCCUUUUAUCUCCUCCUCUGUUUAAUUCUGUCCAUUCCCCUCCCCUGUCUCUGCAUGACAUCUGUCCACUUCUUCUCUUGUCUCUCUUUCCUACCGGUGUCUUGUCCCUCACUUGACAAACUGACAAUACUCUCUGCAGCAUGGACCAAAAACCAACUCACAUCACUAUACUGUAUUGUGUCUGUCAUACAGUACUUACAGUAUUAGUAUUUACAGCACUUAUCUUGACAUACACGGUUUAGAUGGGAACAAAUAAUGCAAACUGUAACAUUACAGUCAAGUGUACACUACAUUACUGUUUUGUCCGUAUGGCUCUUCUCUGUAUUUGGUAUCCAUUUUAACAGUAUUACCACGGCAUUGUGGGUUUUAAACUGCCGAGUUUCAUACUAAUGACAGUAAUCCAGACAUUGUUGAAAUUUAUAUAUUAUUAUUAGAUCGUCAGCUACAAUCAAUAACUUCACGCGUGCUGUCGCUCUCUCUCUCUGUCAUUGUUAGUCAUCCCUUCAUCUUUAGGACAAGUCACUCCUUGAAGCUUAAGCCAAACCUGCAGAAAUGAAACGGUAGCCGCUGUGUAUGUAGCCUCGUGGUUUUGCUGCUUUAUUGCCGACACGUGCGUCAGACCGCUUCAGUGCUGCUUCUUUAUCUGUCACAGAGAUGCCUUGUAUAAAAUGAUAGCCAUGCAACUUUCUUUCUGCCAUGACACUCAACCCUUAAGUGCCCGAUGUCCACAUUUGAGCUCAGACAUCAGAGUACACAAGGACAAAAUACAUUGCACCAUCACGUGAAGACCAAAUCUACCCUAUGGGUCUUUUGUAGUCUAUCCUUGACUGUUGUCUGGGAUUUUUAACUUGAAUACUGUGUUCCUUGUAGGUCAGAUUUCUAAUCAUAGUCACAUAACUGCAAUAUUCUUUACACACAUUGUUGGGCAAUUACAUUUUUUUCUAUAUACUAUUUUAUAUGGUAAAUAAUUAGAUAAAUAUAUGUAUACUACAGUAUGUAGGUGUUACUGACAGCAACGCACAACUGUAUGAGCUUAUUGUGUAUUUAAGAUUUAUAGAGAAUAGUUGUUGACAUAUCUACCAAUUAACCCCAAAAUAAUGGGUUUACUGCACGUAUUCGUUGAACACUAUUUAAAGUACCUUAUAUCAGCUGUAUUUCAGUUAGUUAGAGUUUGAUGUGUAAUAUGCAUUGCCAAAUACCUAGUUGAUGCACUAAUAUACCAAUGAAAUAAUUUUUAACCCAAAUGUAGUGACAUCCAAAUAUUUGUGGCAUACAUAAUGAUAAUAAAGACAUUAAAC